GUUACGUCGCCUUCCAUUGCAUUCCGAUUACCUUACCCUGAGCAGCAGCAGCAGGAGAUGGGCGACUUCCGAGACAUCAGAGGCUUCUUCACCAAGGCCGAGUGGAGCGAUCUGGCCGAGUGCGAGAAGCGGCGCUACAGGAACAUCAAGCAGAACCACGCCGUCCUGCUGAACCUCGGGAUGAACCCGGCCCAGCCCGAGUUCAUGCGCGCACGCGGCAAGCGCAGGGCGAGGGGCAAUGGAGCGGAGUGCGGGCGGUCGAGCGACUCCGACGAGGAGUGGACGGGGUGGAAGAAGAGGAAGGAGGUGGCGAUUCAUGGAGGACGAAGAGGCGGAGGAGGCAAACGAGGAGGCAAGGGGGCUGCUUCACGCUGGGCCACCGUGGGAGAGUGGCACGCGAGGGCAGCUCCCAGCAAGCGCAAGACUAAAGCGAAAGCCCUGGAGUACGUGUGGAGCAUCUUGCAGGGCGUGGAGGAGGAGCAGCAGCAGGAGGAGGAGGAGUUCAGGGGAUUUGAGCUGAGGGAGGUGUACAAGGCCAGGAUGGCGAUGUUCAGGCUGGAGCGCAGAGCCACCGCCUGCAAGGAGGCCCUGAGGGUGGCGCUCCAGAGGAUACGUGGAGGCUCCUCCGUGCCGCCGGCCUCCGCCCAGGCUGUGGCGGUGUCGCGCAGCGCUCGCUCUCGCUACGGCCUGCGCCCGCGUGAGAGGAAAGUCUACACAGAGGUGGAGGAGCCCCAGGACGACGACUUCUUCUUCUGCGAGCUGUGCAGGGAUUACUACCUGGGGGAGUGCUCCGUGCACGGCCCGCCAGAGUUCAUCGCGGACGCGGCCGUGGCCCCGGGAGUGGCCAACAGGGCCCGGCUCAGCCUGCCCCAGGGCCUCACCGUCGGCGCCUCCUCCAUCGCCGGCGCCGGCCUCGGGGUGUGGAGCAACAGGAAGAAGCUGCCCAAGGGGGUGAUGUUUGGGCCCUACCAGGGAGAGGUGUCUGAGGAGAACCCCGUGAGCGAGUACUGCUGGCUGAUUUACAAAAACAAAAAGGAUCGUGAAUAUGUUGAUGCUCAAGAUGAAUCUAAAUCAAACUGGAUGAGGUUCAUCAACUGCGCGAGGAAUGAGCAGGAGCAGAACCUGGUGGCCUUCCAGCACCGGGGGCAGAUUUACUACCGCACGUUCCGUGCCGUGGGGCCCGGCUCUGAGCUGCUGGUCUGGUACGGCGAGGAGUUCGCCCAGGAGCUGGGCAUCGCCUGCGAGGCCGGGCCCUCGCGACGCCGCAGCAGCAACAGCAGCAGCAACGAGAUGGCUCCCAGGGCCACCGCCAGAGACCUGCAGCCCGUGCAGCCUCCACCAAACGAGGAACAUUGUGGAGUGGGUGUGGAGGUCACAAGGCUGCCGUGUCCUGACUGCAACCGUCAGUUCAUCUGCCGCUCGAGUCUACAGAAUCACGUGCAGAGGAGACACCCCACUAAGCCCAGUAACAAAAGUCAUCAGUGUGACCAAUGUUCAUUCAGCACAGACUACAAGAGUAGCUUGAAGAUACACCAGAGAACACACACGGGAGAGAAGCCGUUCAAGUGCACCGUGUGUGAGAAGGCGUUUGGACAACUACCUCAUCUUCACAGCCACCAGAGAACACACACGGGAGAGAAGCCGUUCAAGUGCACCGUGUGUGAGAAGGCGUUUGCACGGCUAUCACAUCUUCACAGCCACCAGAGAACACACACGGGAGAGAAGCCGUUCAAGUGCACCGUGUGUGAGAAGGCGUUUGGACAACUACCUCAUCUUCACAGCCACCAGAGAACACACACGGGAGAGAAGCCGUUCAAGUGCACCGUGUGUGAGAAGGCGUUUGCACGGCUAUCACAUCUUCACAGCCACCAGAGAACACACACGGGAGAGAAGCCGUUCAAGUGCACCGUGUGUGAGAAGGCGUUUGGACAACUACCUCAUCUUCACAGCCACCAGAGAACACACACGGGAGAGAAGCCGUUCAAGUGCACCGUGUGUGAGAAGGCGUUUGCACAGCUAUCAACUCUUCACAGCCACCAGAGAACACACACCGGCCAGAAUGCAUUUUCUCAUUCCCGUGAAAACAGAAAAGUCAGCCAUCCUGAGCAAAAAGCGCACAGCGCCGAGCUGUGAAUUAGUUUUACACAACAGGCCACGUGAUUAGCCGAGGCUGUGCCACUCUUGAAACUGAUUUUGAAUGUGAACACGGAAACCUACGGAUCCUCCUACACCUGCCUCACAUUCUGUGGGGGGUUCGAGAUUAAACCGACUCGGCUACCCCUCGAUUGCAAGUGCGGAGUUCUAGGUCCCAACCACUGCACUUCCCUCCCCAUCACCUGGGGGUCCCUGUGUGUGUGAGUGUGCAGAGUCCCCCGUGCAGAGCUGCACUGUUGUUACCCUAGAGGGGGGCACCGCAGGGCGAUCCACCUACAGAUACCCCUGUCUGCACGUCUCCAGCCGGUCUCCAUGCGCACCGCGUGCCGUCUCGUAGCCCUGCCCCGUGCGACGUACGUACAGUACAUACAGUACGUACCCAUCCAGCGGUAGACUGAACCGCGGCCGAUGACGAAGGUGGCAUCCGCUCGCAAAUCUCCGAACACUCAGUCCAGAGGUCGCAACCGGGUACCCGAUACCCGUACCCUACGGUCACUGGUGAGUAACUGUCACUCAUUUCCCAACGUCUUGUCUCUUCUCACAAUUCAAGUUCCUAGAAUCAACCCACCCGCGCCUGCAACAUGGCUUCACCCCAGAGGUCGCAAUCAGGUACCCGAUACCAGGUACGGGUACCUGUUUACGACGCUGGUGCGGCCAGGUACGGGUAAGGAAUCAAAACCCGUUUGCGACCUCUGACUCAGUACCGUAGCCCCGAGCCAUCGCUUGUGCGCUAUUCACUUUGCUGCUGAGAGGAAAGCUACGGGGAGGAGGUGGGGGGGUUGCUAUGAGAGGACAUCUGUGGAACGGCUGGAGAUCUGCGAAGAAGAGCUUCAUAGCUCAUCGGAUUCCUGCGGUCUGAAAAAAUAUUCCGAUAGGGCGUUGGGAGGGGGGGUGUAGGUAUGAGUGGGGCAUCUGCACUUGGAUCACCCUGCGUGUUGUUGCUGCCUCCCCCGUUGAAAAUGUUCCCAGCGUGAACUUCACCUUUGCUGUUGCGACAACGCCGUGUGCCGUGCGUGAACGUCGUUGUCGGAACAACAAAACGCAGUAAAAACUAAAGUAACUUUAUCGGUACCGAGGCUCCCACAGGGCCACGCGGGGCAGGGAGUGUGGCAAAGUUUUGGCGCCGGCUAGCGCAGAGUGGCGGCGGUCGUGUCGCUACGCUUCUCUGCGGUGAGCAAACGACGUCUUUAUAACAACAGCAACAGUGCUGCUGCUGCUGCGCCUCUCUAAAUAUAAUUAACGAGGGCAAGCCGCUCGCUCGAUUCGCGGGAUUCUGCAGUGAACGGUGACACCCACCCCGUGAACGGUGACACCCACCCCGUGAACGGUGACACCCACCCCGUGAAUGGUGACUACCACCCCGUGAACGGUGACGCCCACCCCGUGAACGGUGACAACCACCCCGUGAACGGUGACACCCACCCCGUGAAUGGUGACUACCACCCCGUGAACGGUGGCACCCACCCCGUGAACCGUGACACCCACCCCGUGAACGGUGACACCCACCCCGUGAACGGUGACGCCCACCCCGUGAACGGUGACGCCCACCCCGUGAACGGUGACACCCACCCCGUGAACGGUGACACCCACCGACCCUGCAACUCUGCAGACGUCUCGGACGCGGGAAAGGGUUGAGAGAUUCUCUGCGUCGUCCCGGUUGCUCGCGUGAUGUCGCACGGUGGUGGCGCGCGUUGACUCUUACACGUUUAAGAAAGUUGAGCGUUAGUUUGUGAUUCUGUUUACAAUUAUAUAUACACAUACUUAAACUAACAAAAAUUAUUUUUGGAUUUUACCAAGUAAGGUCCAACUGGAUACGUAGAAGCUCUUUUAUCAGACGCGACCACCUGGCCAUCACAAAUGAAAGCUCAACGAAGUGGCUUCUCAUUGUGUGGACAUUUAUAGCGGCCAAAUUCUCUGAUUGCGUGAUUUCGAUUCUAAAUGUUGAGGGGAAAACCGGAGGACCUGGAGAAAAAUCCACACGACCACGGGGAGAGAGAGAUAGAGAGACGCGGAAAACUCAAAAUAUACAGCAGGCGUCAGGGUCAGAAUCGAACUAACGAUCUGCUGUAUCCCAGGAGAGGUAGUUAACAUCUCAACAUGCGUUCAGAGUAUUUGGCUGCUGUGAAUGUCACGUGAUGAGCCACUUUGGUGCGCUGCUGUCAUUUGUGAUAGCCAGGUCGCUACUACACAGCUCAGUGGGGGCCUUACCUGGAAAAGUAAAGUGAAGUGAAAAUAAAUCUACUAUAUUCUUGGUUCUUUCGGUAAAGUCACGUAGAUGGGAAAUAAUAAAAUAAAAAUUAAGAAACAAAUUAACACGACGUUUCGAUUACAACACAAUCAAUCAUCAUCAGGUUACGAAAACCACAGCAAAAACAAUUUAUUGCUGUGGUUUUCACACCUGGAAACAAAGUAAUAAAAAUAAAGUAAUCCGUGUAUUUUUUAUUAUUUAAUAAUACAAUAAUAACACUUUUAUUUAAUAAUAAAAUAAUAACAAUAAAACUAUUAUUUUAUUGUUUUAUUUUUCUUAUUUUAUUAUUUCCAUUCUACGUGACUUUACAGAAAGAACCAAGAAGAGGUUUGUCAUUGUUGCGUUCCUGAAGAACACCGCGUUGUGGAGAAAUAAUAUAAACUAUAGGGGGUGAAGCGUGGUCCGCAACAACACGCGAGAUGAUGGGUAAGACAGAGGCCGGACUACGACUGAGGCGCGUGGGUAGCGUCUAGAAGCAGCAUCCAGCAGCAUCCCAAUGCCUCCUCGCGUGAUGCCGCUACGCCGAGGCAGCCGCACGGAGAACCGCUUGUUCCUACUCGCGUUGCGACGUAGUUCCGUUCGCUCGCUCGCGUUGCGUCCAAUCCGCAUCCGCGUUACAAACAGCGUGUUCCCCUACACAUCAUUCACGGCGUUAUAUCAUCCAAUCGGCGUUGUUCAAACUAACACGCGGCGUUGUAGGAGAACCAGACUGUGCCGUUGUCUUCUGCUGUUUAACGCAGAGGCCGCAUCGACCGUUCCAAUAGUCGCUGUAGCCACUGCGAGCCCCAAGCUGUCGGCUCCCGGCUCUUAAACUCCCCCCCCCCCCCCCCCGGCGUUAUCUGUAGUCGUUACACACAGCAGCACCUGGUCACAACUGCUCGCUGCUAAUCCUAACAACACCAAUCCUAGUCGUCAUCCCUGCACCUCAAGGAUGGUAACACUAUGACCCAACAAAAUUACACAUCACACUGUCCGACAGAUUGCAAGUCACACGGCCCUACAGAAUUCAAUUCACACUCCCCUACAGAUUUCAAUUCACACGACCCUACAGAAUUCAAUUCACACUCCCCUACAGAUUUCAAUUCACACGCCCCUACAGAUUUCAAUUCACACUCCCCUACAGAUUUCAAUUCACACGCCCUACAGAUUUCAAUUCACACGCCCCUACAGAUUUGUCUUGGUCAUGUGCCUACCUUUCCUCUACUCUGCACUGCUACGGUGUUUAUUGUGUUGUGUUUGUUGUUGUGGCGUUCUGACCACGUGCCCCUACUGGACAUCUGUGGACAAUAAAGAGCUUCACAGCUCAUCGGAUUCCUCCAGAAUAAAAAUUUUAAACU